AUGGCAUUAAACUUGGUACCCAAGUUCACUAAUCGAUCCCUACUGUUGGUCCUGGUUCUAUCCAUGACUACAUUUUCCGGCAUAGCCAGUGGCAGUAAAGAGUUCAAAGAAACCAACAUGUCCAUGUACCUUCACGAUUUCAUUUCCGGUCCAAAUGUCACAGACAUACCAGUUGCUGGUGUUGCCGGAAAGCUUUGGACCUUCAGUCAAUUUGGAUCAUUUUAUGUCACUGACAACCCUCUCACAGAAGGACCAAGCCUACACUCCCCAGCAGUAGGCCGAGCCCAAGGUGUUUUUGUGGCUUCAGCACUGGACGGACUUAGUGCCCUUAUUGUGUUUUCAGUUCGGUUCACAAACAAGGAGUACAAUGGCAGCACAAUAGAGAUACAAGGAAAUAGUAUUUUAAUGGAGCCGGUUAGAGAGCUUUCGGUGGUAUCCGGUACCGGGAAGUUCCGGUUUGCUAGAGGGUACGCUACGUGUGAAUUCUAUUCUGUGGACACUCCGGCUGGAUACGCAGUUGUACGAUUGAACAUUACAGUUGAACACAGGUAG